CAUGUGAUUCGCGGGAGGCAGAGAAGCGAAACGGGAAACGGUGGGAGUUCAGUCCGGGUUCCCAUGGCUGAGCCGGGCGGUUCAUCCUUUCUCCGGCGGGAGUUUCCUCGCUUCUUACUGCUGUUACCCCCGCUGCUCAUCUUCCUCCUGCUACCUUCAAGGGGCCGGGGCGGUCGCUACGAUCCCACCUGGGAGUCUCUGGACUCCCGGCCGCUUCCUCCCUGGUUCGAUGAAGCCAAGUUUGGGAUUUUCGUCCACUGGGGUGUUUUUUCCGUGCCCAGUUUCGGCAGCGAGUGGUUUUGGUGGUAUUGGCAAGCAGAAAAGAAGGAACCUUAUGUAACUUUUAUGAAGAAAAACUAUCAUCCUGGAUUCACUUAUGAAGAUUUUGGCCCUAUGUUUACAGCUGAGUUGUAUGAUGCCAACCAGUGGGCAGAUAUUCUGAGUGCUUCAGGUGCCAAAUACGUUGUCUUGACUUCAAAACAUCAUGAAGGUUUUACUCUGUGGGGGUCGAAAUAUUCCUGGGCUUGGAACAGUGUGGAUGUGGGACCAAAACGGGACCUUGUGGAAGAGUUAGCUACAUCUAUUAGAAACCGGACAAGCUUACGUUUCGGGCUAUAUCACUCAUUGUUUGAAUGGUUCAACCCUCUCUUCUGUGAUGAUGCUGCUAGCAAAUUCAAGAAACAACAGUUUCCAAAUGUCAAAAGUCUCCCAGAGCUUUAUGAGAUUGUGACGCGAUAUCAGCCAGAGAUUCUGUGGUCAGAUGGCGAUGGGAAUGCUCCAGAUACUUACUGGAACAGCACUGCCUUCCUAGCAUGGCUUUAUAAUGAGAGCCCUGUUCAGAAAACAGUUGUAACAAAUGAUCGCUGGGGAGCUGGCACAAUAUGCAAACACGGAGGUUUUUUCACUUGUGCAGAUCGGUACAGCCCUAAACAUCUCUUGUCCCAUAAGUGGGAGGACUGUAUGACAAUUGACAAAAAGUCUUGGGGAUACCGAAGGGAUGCACAAUUAAGUGAUUAUCUGACUAUUGAAGAUCUCAUACAGCAACUUGUAGAGACAGUAGCUUGUGGAGGAAAUCUUUUGGUGAAUAUUGGGCCCACCCAUGACGGUCGCAUUCCUAUUGUAUUUGAAGAGCGUCUGAAGCAAAUGGGGACUUGGUUGGCAUUGAACGGUGAAGCUAUUUUCAGCACUAAACCUUGGAGAGCCCAAAAUGAUAGUAUAACACCAGGAGUCUGGUACACAUUCAAACCAAAAGAAAACAUUCUGUAUGCCAUUUUCCUUAAGUGGCCAACUUCUGGAACUCUGACGUUGGGUGAACCAAAAGCUAUUCUUGGGAAAACAAAGGUGAAACUAAUAGGAUAUGAAGAAUCAUUGCCCUGGAUUUCUACGGGAGAAAAAGGAAUGAUGAUGGCUGCACCUCUGUUACCAUUCAAUAAGUAUCCCUAUCAGUGGGCCUGGACUCUACAGCUUACUAAUGUACAAUAGUGACAGGAUCGUGCUCUGCUGAAGUUUUGUAACUGGAGAAAUGAGGAUAGAUUUGAAAUAGAAAAUAAUUCAGGCACCAAUCUUUUUUUUUUCUACUCUUAAUACUUUUAAAGCAAAGUUGAUGGAAGAAUGCAUAUAGCAAUCACAAAAGCUGAAUAGGAAAGGUUAAGUAAAUUGAUAUUGUCCAGUGAAUGCUGAGGUAUUGAAAUAGUAAUUGCAAUAGCACUUUAUAUACCACUUCACAGUGCUUUACAGCCCUCUCUAAGCAGUUUGUCAGCAUAUUGCCCCCAACAAUCUGGAUCCUCAUUUUACCGACCUCGGAAGAUUGGAAGGCUGAGGCAAUCUUGAACCAGUGAGAGAUUUGAACUGCUGGUAGCCAGCAGUUAGCAGAAGUAGCCUGCAGUACUGUCUUCUAACCAUUGCGCCACCAUGGCUUUUGAUAGACAUAACAGAAGUAUUGAAGUUUAUGAUGUUAAAUAUAGUUCUUAAUACAAUCUUGCUUUUGUGAAACUGAAUACCGAAUUCAGUGAAAGGUGUUACCACGGAAGGGAGUUUCAGAAUCAUUUUAAAAUUGGGGCUUUAAUCUUUUCCCCCAACAAUAAGCUUUUAUCGUAAUUAUUUCGACUACCUCAGAGGAUUCCAACGUGGUUAGAAACUUGUAUAGUGGCACUUAGAUCUUAGUUUUGAGAAGAUAGAAGUGAUCUAGUAUUCUGUAUACAUGUUUAAAGCCCCGCAUGGAAUGGAUGCAGGCUACUUGGACCGUCCUGAUGGGACUGGCCUGCCUCACAUGCGCCAGUGGAGGGCUUAUGCUACAGACUCUGUCAGCUAAGGAAUUCUGGCUGGUGGGAUCCAGGAGAAGAGCCUUUUAUGCUAUGGUUCCUGCCCUCUGAACAUCUUACUCCCUGAGGUGAGAUUGGCUCCCAACCUCCUGACUUAGAGCCUUAAGACCUGGCUCUGCCAGAUGCUUGGGGAUCUAAAGAGGAAACUUCACACUAGAUGUGUUUAACUAAAACCUAAUCCCACCUCUCCACAUGCAUCCAGCCCCCUCCUUUGCCUCUUGUGUUAAUGAUUCUACCUAUUAUGCUAUUUUAUAAAUGAUGAUUUUAAUGUUUUUUAAACAGUUUUUAUGCUACAAGCUACCCAGAGUUGUCAGAUAUGAAAUGAGCAGCAAAUAAAUUUCAUAAUAAAUAAAUAAAUACACUGGUUAUAGAAAGUCCUAUUAAACACAGCCCUGUUAAAAUGCCAAUUUUUAAGAUGUAAAAAAAUCAGACCAAGAUAAAUUACAUCAGAAUUUUUUCUACCUUUAAUAUAACAUACAAGCUUUACAAUUCAAUUGAAAAGCAAACUGAAAUAUUUCCGGGUGAAGGCGGGGAAUAAAUAGCUUACAAUAACGUGGUUGUAUAAAGGUACACACCCUCCUAUAAGUAGGGAUAUGGCUAUGUUCAGAAUUAACUGAUCACAUUCAAAUUGUGGUUAAAUAGUAGUACACAAUAGUGAUUAAAGUGACUGAUCAAGCCCAUUUUGAACUGUUCUAGUAGGAUUUUUUGACAUUUACUUAGUUGCCUCUUAUAGCAAAAGCCAUGGUGCUUCAACAAUUAUUAGUUUAAAGGUGUACACAUUACCACAUAAACCACAUUAUUGUAUUUUUAAAAAAAAAUUCUCCCUGAAAGAUUUCAGUUUUUCAAUUGAAUUGUACAGCUUGUAUUUUGGAUAAAAGUUGGAAAAAAUUCUGAAGUAAUUUAUCUUGGUCUGAUUUUUUUUUCAAAAACCUGGCAUUUUAAUAGCGCUGUAUAGACUUUCUAAUUGAUCUAGUUCAUACUUUAAAAUACAGAGGUUAUUACCAGGAAAAAUAAGUUUUUAAUUUAAAUGUUUAUAAUAUAUGUCUAUGCAGAGCAUCAUUAGUGAAAUUGUCUAAAACAGCUUCAAAAGGAAUAAAUUCACUUUGAGAUUUAGCUACUGUUACCUCCUAUUGUUACAUUAAAUCUUUUAUUAUUUGUAUUAACUGAUUACACUGCAGCUUUGCAACUAUCUGAUGUUUCACUCUACAUUCAAAGAACUGGGGAUAAGUUCUAAAUAAUAAAUUUCUAAUUCUAUAAACAAUACUGGUCAGGACAGCAUGUAAUCUGUCAAAAUAGUUUAUUGUGAUUCAGAUAUUUUGUAGGGCUCCAAGUAAAUACAAAUUAAAAAUAUUUACAAAAUGAA